ACGCUCCGUCAGGGCCGCCGGCGGCUCCGCGGCUCAGCCAGGGCUGCCGCUCAGAGGAGGUCGCGCCGGUGUCCCGGGUCGCCGCCUCGCACGCCCACCGCCUGCAUCCCCUUCCUCUCUCCCGGAAAAGACAGCGGGCACAGAGAGAGGGCGAGAAGAGUUCGCGGCAGAAUCGUGGUAACCAUCUGAGUGGUCAAGUUGCUUGUAUCUUAUGCAUACAGACUGAUAUCAGCUGUUUCCUGGGACGUGCCUCGCUCCAUACCAGAUUGACCUUAACUUCUGAGAUUUAAGAUUAAAUUAACGCUGUUUGAAACAGAACAUUGUUUUCAUCAUGAUUGUUACUAAAGAUGAGAGACCAAAGUCCAGAAACCAUGAUUUUUACCUUUUUCAUGCCCUGAUGAUGCUAAGCAUGACCAUGCUGUUUCUUCCAGUCACUGGAACGUCUAAGCAAAAUAUUCCACGACUCAAGCUAACCUACAAAGACUUGCUGCUUUCAAAUAGCUGUAUUCCCUUUUUGGGCUCAUCAGAAGGACUGGAUUUCCAAACCACUUUGUUAGAUGAGGAGAGGGGCAGGCUGCUGCUGGGAGCCAAGGACCACAUCUUCCUGCUCAGUCUGGUUGACAUAAACAAAAAUUUUAAGAAGAUUUAUUGGCCUGCUGCAAAGGAACGGGUGGAAUUGUGUAAAUUAGCUGGGAAAGAUGCCAAUACAGAAUGUGCAAAUUUCAUCCGGGUACUUCAACCCUAUAACAAAACUCAUGUUUAUGUGUGUGGAACUGGAGCAUUUCAUCCAAUAUGUGGAUAUAUUGAUCUUGGAAUCUACAAGGAGGAAGUUAUGUUCAAACUAGACACACAUCAUUUGGAGUCUGGCAGACUGAAAUGUCCUUUUGAUCCUCUGCAUCCUUUUGCUUCAGUAAUGACAGAUGAGUACCUCUACUCUGGAACAGCUUCUGAUUUCCUUGGCAAGGAUACUGCAUUCACGCGGUCCCUUGGGCCUACUCACGACCACCAUUACAUCAGAACUGAUAUUUCGGAGCACCACUGGCUCAAUGGAGCAAAAUUUAUUGGAACUUUCCCCAUCCCAGACACCUAUAAUCCAGAUGAUGAUAAAAUAUAUUUCUUCUUUCGUGAAUCAUCUCAAGAAGGGAGUACUUCUGAUAAGACCAUCCUUUCUCGAGUUGGAAGAGUUUGUAAGAAUGAUGUAGGAGGACAACGCAGCCUGAUAAACAAAUGGACCACUUUUCUCAAGGCCAGACUGAUUUGCUCAAUUUCUGGAAGUGAUGGGGCAGAUACUCAUUUUGAUGAGCUUCAAGACAUUUACUUACUCCCCACAAGAGAUGAAAGAAAUCCUGUAGUAUAUGGAGUCUUUACCACAACCAGCUCCAUCUUCAAAGGCUCUGCUGUGUGUGUGUAUAGCAUGGCCGACAUCAGAGCAGUUUUUAAUGGUCCAUAUGCGCAUAAGGAAAGUGCAGAUCAUCGUUGGGUGCAGUAUGAUGGAAGAAUUCCUUAUCCCCGACCUGGUACAUGUCCGAGCAAAACCUAUGACCCACUGAUUAAAUCCACCCGAGAUUUUCCAGACGAUGUCAUCAGUUUCAUAAAGCGGCACCCUGUGAUGUAUAAAUCAGUAUAUCCAGUUGUGGGAGGACCAACAUUCAAGCGCAUCAAUGUGGAUUACAGACUGACACAGAUUGUGGUGGAUCACGUUGUCGCAGAAGAUGGCCAGUACGAUGUGAUGUUUCUUGGAACAGACGUUGGAACAGUCCUAAAAGUUGUCAGCAUUUCAAAGGAGAAGUGGAAAAUGGAAGAGGUAGUACUGGAGGAGUUACACAUAUUCAAGCAUUCAUCAAUCAUCUUGAACAUGGAGUUGUCUCUGAAGCAGCAACAGUUGUACAUUGGUUCCCGAGAUGGACUGGCUCAGCUCUCCUUGCACAGAUGUGACACUUAUGGGAAAGCUUGUGCAGACUGUUGUCUUGCCAGAGACCCCUACUGUGCCUGGGAUGGAAAUGCAUGCUCUCGCUAUGCACCCACUUCAAAAAGGCGAGCUAGACGCCAAGAUGUGAAGUAUGGGGACCCAAUCACCCAGUGCUGGGACAUAGAAGACAGCAUUAGUCAUGAAGCUGCUGAUGAAAAGGUGAUUUUUGGCAUUGAAUUUAAUUCAACCUUUCUGGAAUGUAUACCUAAAUCCCAACAAGCAUCUAUUAAGUGGUAUAUCCAGCGGUCAGGAGAUGAAUAUCGAGAGGAGUUGAAACCCGAUGAAAGGAUCAUCAAAACAGAAUACGGGCUACUGAUUCGAAGUCUGCAGAAGAAGGACUCUGGGAUGUAUUACUGCAAAGCACAGGAGCACACUUUUAUCCACACCAUAGUGAAGCUGACUUUGAAUGUCAUUGAGAAUGAACAGAUGGAAAAUACCCAGAGGGCAGAGCACGAGGAGGGGCGGGUCAAGGAUCUGUUGGCUGAGUCACGGUUGAGAUACAAAGACUAUAUCCAAAUCCUUAGCAGCCCAAACUUCAGCCUCGACCAGUACUGCGAACAGAUGUGGCACAGGGAGAAGCGGAGACAGCGAAACAAGGGCGGCCCAAAGUGGAAGCACAUGCAGGAAAUGAAGAAGAAACGAAAUCGAAGACAUCACAGAGACCUAGAAGAGCUUCCUAGAGCUGUGGCUACAUAGUUUUCUAUUUAAUUUAAAGAAAAAGAAUCCUUCACCU